UAAUUUUGUAAAUUUUCAAUAAAGAUUUUACACUUAUAAUGAACUUUGUUCAAUUGAGCUAUUAAUCAUAAAUAUAUUUUCCAUUACUUCUAAAAAAAAAAAAAAGUCUUUUAUUCAAAACCACUUCAUUCUCCAAAAGCUGUCGUUGUCUGAUAAUAAUGUCGUCGUCGAUCUAUUUAAUGUCGUUUUAUUGUUGUUGUCGAAUGAAACCCACUGCAGAACACCUAUAUUCUUCUGAUCACUUUAAAAUCACAGAAACACCAAUGAGAUUUGUCGUUUGUUUAUACACGCGUAGUUAUGAAUUAUGAUCCAUGUGAUUGGAAGGACAAGCUUCACCAUAUCUGAGCUUUCCUUUUCUGUCGAUUUCAUUGGUAAGAAGAAACCGCAAAUAUUAACACUAUUUAUUAGCAAAAAUAUUACAUAAAAUUGUCCGCAGAAGAAAACCCAUCACUCCCCGACUCAGAUUUCUAGACCUAGUUUCGUUCUCUCAUCCUAUUUUUCUUCACGGGUCUUACACUUUAUCUCAAUUAGGGGAUAAUUUAUGGUAAUGGGUGGAACCCCCCAUCCGUUAUAAUGCUUCCAUUAUCAAUUUAUGGUGUGUUUCAUUAUUGGAUUGCUUUAUAUGUGGGUCUUGUCUGGCAAGGUUAUGGCUUUAAAUUAAUUUGUUAGAUAUACUACAAUGGAGAAGAAACGAAUAGAUGAUUAUGAACCCGGUCCAGUUCCAUCUCCAAGGGCAUUGGACAGAUUUGGGUUUGUGAAACAGGAACACAAUAACUCAUCUGAUGCUUUUACUAAGAGUAGAUCAGCCAGUGAACACGAAAGAGAUGAAAGGAGGGUUAGAAAAUGGAGAAAGAUGAUUGGGGUAGGAGGCAGUGAUUGGAAGCAUUAUGUCAGAAGAAAACCUCAUGUUGUUAAAAGGCGUAUUAGGAAAGGGAUUCCUGAUUGUUUAAGGGGUCUUGUUUGGCAGUUGAUCUCAGGAAGUCGUGACCUUUUGCUGAUGAAUCCAGGAGUAUAUGAGCAAUUAGUGAUAUACGAGACUUCAGCUUCAGAACUGGAUAUAAUUCGAGAUAUUUCUCGUACUUUCCCUUCGCAUGUUUUCUUCCAGCAAAGACAUGGCCCUGGUCAAAGGUCCCUCUAUAAUGUUCUGAAGGCGUACUCUGUCUAUGACAGAGAUGUUGGAUAUGUUCAGGGAAUGGGUUUCCUGGCUGGGCUGUUGCUUCUUUAUAUGAGUGAAGAAGAUGCAUUUUGGUUGUUGGUUGCACUACUUAAAGGAGCUGUGCAUGCUCCAAUGGAAGGAUUGUAUCUGGUAGGGUUACCUCUGGUACAGCAAUACCUUUUUCAGUUUGAACAGUUGGUGAGGGAGUUUCUGCCAAAGCUUGGGGAGCAUUUUACUCAAGAAAUGAUAAAUCCUAGUAUGUAUGCCAGUCAAUGGUUCAUAACUGUUUUCUCUUAUUCAUUCCCGUUCCACUUAGCUCUACGAAUUUGGGAUGUAUUUCUCUCUGAGGGUGUUAAGAUUGUGUUUAAAGUUGGCUUGGCCCUAUUAAAGUAUUGCCAUGAUGAUUUGGUGAAGUUACCCUUUGAGAAACUCAUACAAGCUUUGCGCAACUUCCCCGAGGACGCAAUGGACCCUGAUACAUUAUUACCUAUGGCUUACUCAAUUAAGGUAUCCAAGCGUUUAGAGGAGUUGAAGCUGGAGUAUGAGAAGAACAACGGAAAGCUCGUUUGAUCUACAGAAUUAGGUCGGAAAUAGGAACUUUGCUAGGAAGGCUUGUAUUCGAAGUGGAGUUGCGCUUAAUCACGAACACACAAUAAACCAAUUCUUUCAUUCUUUGUCAUGUAAAUUCAUGCAGUCAUGGCAGCUUUACCCGGAUCAACGUCUUUUCAAAACUCUCAUAUUUCUUCUGCCAAAAUUGACUUGUAAUAUAGUAAGAAUAGAAUAGUAUAGUCUAACCAUGUUGCAUAGUGGGGCAAUCUUCUAUUCCAUGGUAUGUCUUAAAACUCGAAACACAAGUGUCUCUGUUUCGUUCGGAGUCAACAUUUGAAAAUUUCUCUAUGAAACAAAACAAAAACAUGACCAAUGUUUUUGAAAAUUCUACCAAGGACAGUGACAAAUUCCAUUUGUGACCCAUGUCAUCACUUUUUCUUGAAGUGUGAUUAUUAUUAUUAGUCAAUUAAUUAAUGAAGUGUGAAA